UAAGUGACUUGCCCAAAGUCAGAGUAAAUUUCUGAGGACUCAUUUGAACUCACAUCUCCCAGUGUCACAAAGUCAUUAUCUGUCAGAGGUAAAACAAAAUCAAGAUAGCAGCAAAUUUGGAGCUCGCCCAGUGCCUUGCGUGAUGCUCUAACACAGUACUUGAUCUGCAAAUGUUCUUGAAUUGUCAUUGAACUUGGCAUGCCUCACGCUGAGAAUAGAUUUCUUUUUUUUAAGUACUUUUAUUAGUUAACAAAAAUCUAGCGUUUCCUCCUCCCUCAUCCAACUGAAAAAACCACAGUCACAAACAUUCGUAGUCAAGUAAAACAAACUCCCUCAUUGGCCAUGCCCUAUGCCCACCCCCACCCCCCAAAUGUAGAAGAUUAAUUUCUGAGCGCUUAACAUUUGGGAGGAAAGUACUUUGGGGCUCCACACCUACACGUACUGCAUUUGCCCCAGCUUUGCCUGAAAAAAAAAUGACGUGGAUUCGAAAACCAGGAAGAACUGGUUCCUGUAAGGUCCAGGACAGGGCUGGGGAACCUGCAGCCGCAUUUGAGAACCUCGAGGGUCCCAAAUGGCUCUGGGCCGCAGGUUCCCCACCCCUGGUCCAGGGUAAACCCGCAAACAGGUAUUGACGGAGGGGAGAAAAGAAUGAACAGUCCGCAAAGAGCUUGAGGUCCCUGACUCUUCCAGAGCAAUGCCCCUCGCUCCUGCCCACCCCAGACACAGAGACUAAACCCCUCCGAUCUGCAGAUUCAUCUUCUCCUUGCAGAAAACGGCAGCUUCCGAGGCUUCCUUCCUCUUUUCUCCCAGUAAGGAGAGAGUACCUCUUGAGGUUUGGAGGCGUUUCUAAGGUUCUGUAGUUUCACUUCCUCCUCUCAGGAAUAGAGAACCACCCCCUUGCCUCGCUUCCUGCCCCCAAGAGCAGCUCGAGACGGCCGGGGCUGGGGGCCAAGGUUCCAUCAUGGAUAUUCUUUCUGAAGGAAAUGUUACAUUUGCCAUUACUCUUCUGAAAAAGCUUUGUGAAGAAAAACCACGAAAUGUGGUGUUUUCUCCCCCAAGCAUCUCGUUUGCCCUGAACAUGAUCCUCUUGGGAACAAGGACAGAAACAGCAGCACAGAUAGCACAGUUGCUUUCUUUAAACAGAAGUGGAAGUACUUUCUGGGGAUUCCGGUCACUUCUUGCUGAAAUGAACACGUCAUCCACCUGGUAUCUGAUUAAAACUACCAACAAGCUCUUUGGAGAAAAUGCUCUAAAUUUCCUCGCAUCCUUUAGGGACUCCUGUUUCAAAUUCUGCAAUUCAGUGAUGGAAGAUGUUUGCUUUUCUCAAGAGACAGAGGCUGUCAGGAAACACAUAAAUGCUUGGGUAGCAGAGAAGACUGAAGGUAAUAUUUCAGAGGCUCUUCCUGAUGGUCUUGUUGAUCCACUUAGCCUGCUGGUCUUUGUGAAUGCCAUCAACUUUAAAGCAACCUGGGAGAGGGCAUUUGAUCCAAAACACACCUAUAUUGAUAUUUUAAAAGUCAAUCAGCAUGAGAGAACGACAUUGCAGAUUAUGAAGAACAAAGAGGAGUUUCUGACAUCUCCUUUAGAGGAGCUGGGUGGACAGCUAUUUAUCUUUCCCUAUCGUGGAAUGGAAUUAACCAUGAUCCUUGUCUUUACUUCUGAUAGUGACCUAACUAAGUUGGAAAAAGGGCUUACCUAUGAAAGAUUUAUAACCUGGACAAAGCCAGAAGCAAUGGCCUUGAUGGAAAAUCAUGACAAGACAUUUUUACUCCCCAAAGUCAAGAUAGAAGAGACCUGUGACUUGGAGCAUGUCCUCUACAGUUUGGGAAUGUCAGAUGCAUUUGAUGAGCAAAAGGCUGACUUCUCUGGAAUGUUGAUACUCAAACAUUUGUAUUUAUCCAAGGUUUUGCAUACAUCUUGCCUGGAAAUCAAUGAAGAGGGCAUCAAGGCAUCUGCUGCCACUAUAGCAGCAGAGAUACCAGCAGCUUCAAAGAGAGAUGAAGGACUGAAGGCUAAUGGUUUCUUUCUAUUUUUUAUCUGGAGCUAUAAAACUAAAAGUAUCCUGUUCUGUGGCAGAGUUUCCUCUCCUUAAAGAGAUGCAGUCACUACCCCAGCAUUUUCCCUUUUGCUACUUCCCUGACUCUCUCUUCCUAAGAUCCAUAAAAAUGUUAUCUGCGUGCGUAUAAAGCCUUAGAUAAGAAACAAAAAUAUGUAAAACACUUUACUGUGAAACUUUGCAUAUGGACUGUAUAACCUUGUAAAUUUUCAUCCUGGCAGGCACUGGGGAUAAGGUUGGGAGUGUGAAGAUUUAGAAUGUAAAAGGAAAAGCCUAUACUAGUGUGACCUGGGUAGGAGGGUCUAAGUCUAUCAAAUAUUCUCUCUUCUUUGUUUAUGUUCUUACAUCUUUAGUAGAAGUAGAGGGAAUUAGUCAAUGAUUUUCAUUGAGUCCUUGUAGGCUGAGCCCUAGAGAUACUUCUAAUAAAAAAAACCAUCCU